AUGAGACUAAACAUCUCUUUGCUUCUUUCGCUUGCAGCAUCCCUGCACGGUACUGAAGCUCACCCUGGAGCUAAAAAAGGCUUCGUUACCGUCAAGGGUGAAAAAUUUCAACUUGAUGGCAAAGACUUUUACUUUGCAGGCUCCAAUGCCUACUACCUCCCAUUCCAACCAAGUCAAAAAGAUGUUGAACGUGGACUUGGUGCUGCUAAAAAAGCAGGCCUGAAUGUAAUGCGUACCUGGGGCUUCAACGAUAAAAACGCAACGACCGACCCCAAUGGUUUUCCCAAAUACGGAGGUGAAGGUGCCGGAGAGACGAAUAUUGUCCUGCAGACAUGGAAGAAUGGGAAGGCAAAGAUCGACCUGAAGGGCUUUGACAAGGUCGUCAAGGGUGCUGAGAAGACAGAUAUGAAGCUUAUCGUCGCUCUCACUAACAAUUGGGCCGACUAUGGAGGCAUGGAUGUAUAUACGGUAAACCUCGGAGGAAAGUAUCAUGAUGAUUUCUACAGUGAUAAGAAGAUCAAGAAGGCUUUCAAGAAGUACAUCACGGCCAUGGUCCAGCGAUAUAAGAACUCACCCGCAAUCAUGGCCUGGGAGCUUGCCAAUGAACCUCGCUGUGGCGCCGACGGUAACCGUAACCUUCCACGAAGCGACCAUUGUACCGUUGAGACUAUUACAGAAUGGAUUGAGGAAAUGACAGCCUAUAUUAAAAAGCUUGACCCCGGUCAUCUCGUUACCUGGGGUGGAGAGGGAGGCUUUAACCGCGACUCAGAGGAUUGGGCUUACAACGGCGCUGAUGGAGGUGACUUUGACCACGAACUUAGUCUACCUAACGUCGAUUUUGGUACCUUCCAUUCUUACCCUGAAGCAUGGAGCAAGACUAUUCCUUGGGUCAGCCAGUGGAUCCGAGAUCAUGCCAAGGCUGCACGUAAGGUUGGCAAGCCUGUGAUCCACGAAGAGUACGGCUGGCUCACUCCUGAGGAGAGGCUGAAGCAGUACAACACAACCAGGCCUGAGACUAGAGUGCAGGUUCUUGGAACAUGGCAGAAGAUCCAAGUGCAGGAAAGGAUGCCUGAUAUGUACUGGCAGUUCGGAUACUCGGGUUUUUCGUAUGGGAGGAACCAUGAUGAUGGAAACACUAUCUACCUGGAUGAGCCGGAGGCUAAGGUACUGGUUUAUAAGCAUGCAAAGGAGAUGAACGCCCUCAAUAAACGAUAA